UCUUCCUCGUCUUUUUCAGAGCUUUCUUCUGGUUGGUAUCUCUACUGCUUUCAUCGUUAGUUUGGUUCAUGGCAAGAGCCAUUACUGACAGCAAAGAUGGACCAGCACAGAAGUAUCUGCUGAUCUCUGGAGUGUUGGUCUCAGUCUUUAUUCAAGAAAUGUUCCGGUUUGCAUAUUAUAGACUUUUAAAAAAAGCAAGUGAGGGUUUAAAGAGCAUAAACCCAGAUGAGACAGCACCCUCUAUGCGACUACUGGCCUAUGUUUCUGGCUUGGGCUUUGGAAUCAUGAGUGGAAUAUUUUCCUUUGUGAAUACCCUGUCUGACUCCUUGGGACCAGGCACCGUGGGCAUUCAUGGAGAUUCUCCUCAGUUCUUCCUGAACUCAGCUUUCAUGACGCUGGUCAUCAUCUUGCUGCACGUGUUCUGGGGCAUUGUGUUUUUUGAUGGCUGUGAGAAGAAAAAGUGGUACAUCCUUCUUAUAGUUCUCCUGACCCACCUGCUGGUGUCAGCCCAGACCUUCCUAAGUCCUCACUAUGUGAUAAACCUGGUGUCGGCAUACACCAUCAUGGCGCUCAUGGGCACCUGGGCAUUUUUCGUCGCUGGAGGCAGCCGCCGGAGCCUGAAACUCUGCCUCCUCUGCCGAGACAAGGACUUUCUCCUUUUCAGCCAGCGCUCCAGAUGACCCCUGCAGGCCAGCACUUCCCAUACUGCAGAUGGCGACUUUGGAAGAAGCACAGCUGUGCCUUUUUCUAAAAAUCCCCUUUUCUGGUGGAAUCGAGAAAAGACAAAACUAUCUAGAUACGAGUCCCAUUUGCAUGGAUUUCCCGUGUCAUCUCUCCCAAGGGCUGCCUCCGUGGUGUGUCCUGGCUGCACGUUAGAAUCACCAGGGAAGACAAUACUUUGUCUGGGCUCCACCCUUCAGGCCUAAUUGACCUGGACAUUUGGCAACUUCCCCAAGCUUCCUGAAUGAUUCUGAUGUGCAGUCAGGCUGAGAGCCGUGGGGUUGGUGUCCACACAGGAGCUUCCUGGGACACCAUACAUGAAUGAGAAUCUGGCAUUUAACUGUCUCGUCCGUCACUCGGCUCAUGCUGAACAAGUCCAUAAAUGAAUGUCAAAUCCUG